AUGUGGUUUUCCGGCAAGGUACAGCAACAAUAUGUGAGGGAUGACGUGGAGCUGCACGCACAGAGUCCACCGCCUAGAAUUUACGCAAGAGUCAACAACAAAUCCUCGGGUUUUGCCGCCCGGAAAGCGACCACCAAAAACAUCUUGUCAUCGUCAUCAUCACUCUAUCAGAUUGUUAAAAAUUCGCAGGUUGGCCAGGCCAACAGGGACUCGUCAACUAAGUUAAUCCGUGUGGGCCACCGGUCGUUUUCCUACCAAGUUACUACGGGAGUACUGCGUACGGGGUACGAAUUUCCAAUUGCAACCCCUGCCGUUCCAUUAUCCCUGGAAGAAGGCUGCUGCCAAAAGAGGUGCCGGUCAGACAAAAAAUAUCUUCGGCGCACACAUCUGCUGCAGAUGCUCCCAAGAGUGUCGUCUCCAUCGCACUGCGUUUGA